GGGUCCUAAGAGAAUGGUAAUGGAUGGGCCGCGUGUGGAGGCCCCGGGCGAGAUGGUCAGGACGUAUAAAAACCUUGACGUUAACACAGCCACUACAACCACUACCAGCCCUGGACCACAGAGGACACAGCGAGCACCUUCAAUUACACACCCAACGUUGAGUCUAGAAGCGGUUAGGAGCUACACCACAAAACAUUGGAGAAUAUCUCUCAGACAACUCCAAUGGUUCCGGGUUGUUCCAUGGAUUUAGUGUGAUAUCAACAAACUCAAUUCUUGUUUCAGCGGUUGUUAAAUUCUUAAUUUAAUUGGAACACAACUUUGAGUUCAGUUGAAAUUUUAACCAAGGGGAGAAAAAAUAAGAAAGCUAUCAAUCCAAUCAUCCACAUUCAAAUAAUGGAUUAAUCAAGUCAACUUCUGGAUCGAAGGAUACAGGGGAAGAGGGCAAACACAAGAGAUGCACAGGCACCAGCUGUCCCAGGGCAUUGAGCUGUCCCAGUCCUGCGGUGAGGAGCAGGGUUCCCCCGCAUGCUCAAAAGCACCCCAGGUCGGCAGGGUCAGAGUUCAGCUGGAAAUGCAAGCGCUGUGGCAGCAGUUUGAUCAGCUCGGCACGGAGAUGAUCGUCACCAAGGCUGGGAGGAGGAUGUUCCCAACGUUCCAGGUGGGGAUCUCAGGGAUGGACCCCAGCGCUAAAUACGUUCUGCUCAUGGACUUCAUCCCGGUGGAUGACAAGAGAUACAGGUACGCAUUCCACAGCUCCUCCUGGCUGGUGGCCGGUCGAGCCGACAUCUCGGCUCCAGGAAGGAUGCACUUCCACCCAGACUCCCCGGGGAGGGGGGCCCAGUGGAUGAAGCAGACCGUGUCCUUUGAUGCCCUGAAGCUCACCAACAACUUGUUGGACGACAACGGCCAUAUGAUUCUCAACUCCAUGCAUCGCUACCAGCCCCGGUUCCACGUCAUCUACGUGGAUCCAGCUCCCAACAGCCACUUGCAUGCCCAACGGAACUUCUGCUCUUUCUCCUUCCCUGAGACCCAAUUCAUCGCUGUCACCGCCUACCAGAACCACAGGAUCACCCAAUUAAAGAUUGCCAGCAACCCCUUCGCCAAAGGCUUUCGAACAACAGAUGCCGAGGACUGGGGGGGCGGGGCCAGGUCCAUGGUUGCAUGGCACCAAGCAGAGGGCAGAGCUGAGGCCCAAUCAGAAGCGGCGGCGGAGCCCACAGGCUGGGGGUCCAAGACCUCUGCAGGUCCGGAGGACAAGACGUGUGUGUUAUCAGAGCCGUCUGAAUUGCUCCACCAGAAGGGGUCCACAGCGCACAGAGCCGAGAGGAUAAACGAAGCCAGCGGGUUGCCACAGACUUCCUACUCUCCUCUCCCCUCUUACUGGGACUGUGUUGGUUUAUCACCACAGAGAACAUACCUGGGAUAAAUAUAAAUGUAGAAGAGUAUAAUAAUAAUAAUAAUAAUAAUAAUAAUAAUAAUAAUAAUAAUAAUAAUAAUAAUAAUAAUAAUAAUAAUAAUAAUAACAAUAAUAAUAAUAAUAAUAGUAAUAUAUAGUUAUAAUAGAUUAUUAUUAGGAGUAUUGACAGUAGAAUUAGCAGUAGAAGCAGUUAUAGAACAGUCGAAUUACAUUCGAGUAAUUGUUUAUUUCUCCUAAGUGGUUGGUUUUUGACAUAUAUCUCACAAUAAGAUGGUAACAUGACCUAUGUAUAUAUUGAUAAUAAAAUUAAAAUAUCGUUUUUUUAAUGUCACAUCAACUAAUAAAAAUUGACUAAACUAUUUCAAAUACCGAUUUAUUUUUCAACAACAAAUAAAACAA